CAUUAGUUUAGUUUGUGUUUAUGCUUAUUGCCUUAUUCAUUGAAUCCUUCUUGAAUUGUGAACAAGAGAAGAAGACAAACCGCAUUUGCGACUUUCAGGGAUGGGUUCGUCUGUGAAUUCGAAACCGAAGGUGAUCAAGGGCCCCGCUGGCUAUGUUCUUGAGGAUGUUCCGCAUUUCUCAGAUUACAUCCCUGAGCUUCCUACACAUUCUAAUCCUCUGCAAGACAAUCCCGCUUACUCAGUUGUCAAGCAGUAUUUCGUGCACGUCGAUGACAGUGUUCCUCAGAAGAUAAUUGCUCACAAAGAGAGUCCAAGAGGGGUGCAUUUUCGGCGUGCAGGACCCCGUCAAAGGGUGUAUUACGAAGCAGAUGAAGUUCAAGCUGCUAUUGUGACAUGUGGGGGUCUAUGCCCUGGUCUCAACACCGUUAUCAGGGAAUUAGUAUGCGGCUUAAACAACAUGUAUGGCGUCAAGAAAGUUAUGGGAAUCAAUGGAGGAUACAAGGGUUUCUAUGCACACAACACAAUCGCACUGACUCCAAAAAGCGUGAAUGACAUCCACAAGCGUGGGGGAACCGUGCUUGGUUCAUCAAGAGGAGGACAUGACACCACUAAGAUAGUUGACAGCAUUCAAGAUCGUGGAAUCAAUCAGGUCUAUAUCAUUGGAGGAGAUGGAACUCAGAGAGGUGCUAGCAGGAUUUUUGAGGAGGUUAGAAGGCGUGGGCUCAAAGUUGCUGUUGUAGGAAUCCCCAAAACCAUAGAUAAUGACAUCCCGGUUAUUGAUAAGUCAUUCGGGUUUGACACAGCUGUUGAGGAGGCUCAACGUGCUAUAAAUGCAGCACAUGUUGAAGCUGAGAGCAUUGAGAAUGGCAUAGGUGUUGUCAAGCUCAUGGGAAGAUACAGUGGGUUUAUUGCAAUGUAUGCUACUCUUGCGAGUCGAGAUGUGGAUUGUUGCUUAAUUCCAGAGUCACCCUUUUACCUGGAAGGGCCAGGUGGAUUGCUUGAAUUUGUAGAGAGGAGACUCAAAGAAAACGGCCACAUGGUUGUUGUCAUUGCUGAAGGGGCAGGACAGGAGCUUGUUUCCGAGAGCAUGCAAUCGAUGGCCAAGCAAGAUGCUUCCGGAAACAAGCUUCUUCAAGAUGUUGGCCUAUGGAUAUCCCACAAGAUUAAGGAUCAUUUUGCCAAAUUGAAGACAAUGACCAUAAACCUCAAAUAUAUAGAUCCAACGUAUAUGAUCCGAGCUGUUCCAAGCAAUGCUUCGGAUAACGUCUACUGCACCCUUCUUGCUCAAAGUGCUGUUCAUGGAGCAAUGGCAGGUUAUACUGGCUUUACAUGUGGCCUUGUGAAUGGAAGACAAACUUAUAUACCCUUUUAUAGAAUCAUUGAGGGACAGAACAAAGUAAUAAUAACUGAUAGAAUGUGGGCAAGACUUUUAUCUUCAACAAACCAGCCUAGCUUUAUAAUACAUAAGUCUGAUACUGCUGAAGAGAAUAAGGAAGAACCACCAUCGGAAUCGGCCAAAUAACGCUUUGGUUAAGGAAGAAAAGUUAGGUGUAUUUAACUAUUUAUCACAUUGCUGUGUACUUUUAGAAGCUAUUAUCCUGGGUUUACCUUAAUCAUUAUUCAUGCCUUGUAAGUAGUACAUAAGAUUAAGAUCAGAUGGCUGUGACCAUGAGAAGAUAUUCUUUGUUAUGUUUUUGUCAUGUUUCUUUGGAAUUUUCUUUAUUCUGUAAAUGGAUCUCUGUUUUUAUUGGCAACAACUCUAUUUGAAUA